UCCAACCGCCUGUCGCCUGCGUGAACUGCGAUCGUCGCCCUCGAACCGUCUUCGAAUCGUUUACGUUCUCGAGCAUAACAUUUUUUUUCUGUUUCCAAACCGAGUUGCGAACACACCAUGUCAUUCCUGGGCAACACCUCCGACCUGGAGUGCGAAAAGAACGAGUUCCCGAGGCAGCGUCCCUCGGGCAUCGUCACCAAAGUGGCGGCCCACAAGCUGUCCGCGGAGCCCAAGUGGACCGACAAGCGGGAGGAGGACUCCGACUCGGAGGUUUCGUCGCCGGAUAACUUUCUGACCAAAGGCGCCUUCCUGCUGACCCCCUCCUACGAGCUGUCCAUGGAGCGGGCGGCCCUCAUCUGCGAGAAGAUGGCCUUCAAGGGAUGCUUCAGCUUGACCAAAACCGCUACAGGCAUUCUGUUUAAAUUCUCACACCCAGAUGACUAUCAGGCGGUGUUCAAGAAGGGCUUCCACAAGGUCACCGGGGCGCGAUUCUACCGCAAGGUGAGCCCACCCACCCACACGCACAUCUCCAGUGAUUGGAAGGGCAUUAUGGGGCACAAGAUAGCGAUUCCCUGUCGGCCGCGGAAGACCUUCACCCUGUACGUGCUCGAUGUGCCGGAGGACCUGCCCGUGGAGGAUAUCCGGCAUGCCAUGUACAAGUUCGACUCGGUGGUGGAGGUGGUGCGCCUGCACAUCUACUCGAGCCUCGCCAGCAACGCAGCCAACGCCUCCGCCUCCUCGGUUGCCGCCAGCUCCUCCUCCGCCGGCGGCGGCGGCGAUAAGGGCGUCGAAGGUGAGCAGAUCCAGCUGCUCCACACGCCGACCCAGACGCUGCGCCGAGCGGCACUGCGAAGCACCUCCAAGAGCGUGGGCUCCGUGGUGGGCGAUGCCAUCGAGAAGGCCGAGCGUCCCGAGCGCAGGGAACUGCCGCCGGCCGUCAUCCGGAUCACUCUGGCCUCCAUGGACGAGUACAACAUCCUGUUGCAGAACGGACUCAACUUCUACGACGCCACGUUCUUUCCCACUGAGGCCAACAUCUCGCUGAAGGGCGCCAAGAUCGACUACAAGCGCAGAAUGCUCGAUGGCUCGAUUCCCGGAAGGGUGAGGGAGCUGCUGCCCGUUUUCGAUGCGGCUGGCUUCUGCAAGCUGCCACCGCCCACCAGCAAGCUAAUUAAGCCGCCGAGGUCGUAGAUACGUGCGAUGCGAUCCAAAGCGAUGCGAUGCCACAUGACGCGAGAUACGACGACAACGCGUUCCGGCCAAACUCACGGGCCCCCUUGACGACCACACUCCGGAUUCGGUUCUACCUACCCAUUUUAUCUUACCCUGCUUCGCUGUAUACUAUACACACAAUGCUCUUUUUUUGAACGGAUGCCAACGUUUCCGCUCGAUCCGCCGAUCCAAUCCAUAAUAAUUCCCAUUUUGGCUACCAUCUCUAUUCUAUCUGUCUCCCCUGUGAACUCUUCAACCUUCUUUUUUUUUUUGCUAGUUUUAUUAUUAAAGGCCCAUAUACGGCGUAGCGUCUAAUUUGUUUGAUUGUCUAACAAAGAAAAAUAAGCAAAACACAGAAUUGAAAUAAUAAAAACGAAAUAAGAAAAACAAUUUUCAAU